GUAAUCUGAAUGUGGAGCCCUCCUUCUUUUCUGGAAAAUGUAUCUUCAGUCUCCUGAACCCUCACGCCUUACAUAUUUAUUAUAAAUGUGUGUUUUCCCGAUGUCUUAAGGUAGUAUUUAGAAUGUGUGUAUAUACAGGGAUUGACCUAACUGCUACGCAAGUACGCAUUCACCUUUAAAAGCGAUAUGUGCGGCAAUCGAUUGUUGUAACAGCGCGAAUGCGUACUUGCGCCGAUAUGACAAGAAAUUAUCGUAGAUUUUAUCCUUUACAUGCUCGUUCGUACUUCAUUUGCGGUAUAGAGGUUAGGAUGCACGGUAAUUUCUUGCCAUAUCGGCGCAAAUGCACAUAAAAUACGUAUUUGCGCUGUUACAUAAAUCGAUUGCUGCACGUAUCGCUUUUAAAGGCGAAUGCGUACUUGCGUAGCAGUUAUGUCAAUCCCUGUGUAUAUGCUACCAUAAGAAGUCAGGAAAAAAAGAAACCAAAUGUGUAGUUAGGUUAUUCCUCAACAACUAUGUACACAGAUAAGUAGCUCUAAUACGGCUCCUGUAGUAACUGCACCUGUAGCUACUAGGCUACUGCAAUAAGAGUCACAAGAACGGUACAGUAUCAGUACGUGGAUAUGAUUUAAAUAACAAAAGAAACUGAAUAACAAUGUCAAGUACUACUUUGAAACCCCCGGGUGACUUAUCUGAUGUGAUUUGAGCACUAACAGUUUUAAAUGUUGACCCAGUUGAAUAAAAUGAGCAGUGCUCCCUUAAGAAGGAGAAACUCGAGGCGGGGCGUCCUGGUCGAAACGUCGGAUCCGGGCAGUGACCUGAGCAAGACCACAAUCAAUAUGCCGAACUUGGAUAAUUGGCGUGACAGUCUGGAAGACUCGAGAGCCCUCAUGAAGACAGGGCUAGGCCUGGUGCUGGUGGGGCACAUGAACUUCCUGCUGGCGGCGCUUUUGCACGGUGCGGUGCUGCGGCACGUGAGUCUGCAUGAGCAGGCUCGGGUCACGGAAUACGCGGUGGCCAAUGUCGUGGUCAUCAUUGCCGGCUUACUGGCUGUCAUCGCUGGGAUUCUGGCCAUUGUCAUGUCCAAAAAGAAGAAGAGCGGGCUGUGGAUGAGCAUCCUGCUGCUCGUCAGCUUGCUGGCCGGACUCUUGGCGAUUGCGUCCAUGGUGGGCUUCAUUGUCAGCCUGGUGACCGCCAUCCAGAACAAAGGGCUGAAGCUCUUUACACACUGCUCAUCUCUGGACACCAUUAGCUACUACAGCAUCACCACAGAGUGCCCCUUUGACCCAACACGUGUCUAUGGUACCACUGUGGCUCUCUGGCUGUUUCUCAUCUUGAUAUGCGUGGUGGAGAUUCUCUUCUCCUUCCGCUGCUGUGCAGCCUCUGCCUGCAUCCUGUCCUUGUCCCCUCCAUGUGGGAGGAAGAAGAGGAGGAGGAGGGUUGGCAAAAAACAGGUGACUGUGCAGCUCCCACAGGAAAUGACAUCACUGUCUCAGGACAGGCCAUCUACACAGGAGGAGGACUCUGAGGCGCAGGAGUAUGACCUGCUCAAGGCGGAUUCUACUCUUCUCCAGCUCUGAAGCAGGAACACCUACCUUUGAACUCUGACACUUGGAAGAUUCGGGUGGGGCAGGUGUCUCGGGUUGCCUGCCACUCAGGAUAUUCGAUGCUUCCUGCUUCUCUCUCUUUCCUCAUUUUAGCAUCAAUGCUGCUAUGAAAGGUGACAAAAGCCAAGAAGCCGCAGAACCUGAUGUUUCUCCUGGUUGGUGAAGGUGGGGUGAUGGUGCAGCUCACAGUCACCGACACGGAUGUGCCUGCACACGGACAUCGCACAUACACACUGCGUGACUGUUCUGUGAAUCUUUAAAAAGGCAAAUGAGGUAAUGCAGCAACAAAUUCAUUCAUUCAUUAUUCAUUAACUGUCACAGUCCUCAGUUAAAACCUCAUCGAUUCGCCUUCACACCCACAUUCAUACAAAAGUCCGACUUUGAUGAAGUUUCCUGUAGAAGUUCUUAGUGUGAGUUGUAUGGCAAGUUAGUGAUUCCUCUGUUAUGCAGCCACUUACCUUUUUGAUUACUUGAGUACCUUGAAGAGGCAUCGAACUUUCCAGAAAAUAGCGAAGCAGACACAGCUACACACAGGUGCUAUACUGGUUUCACAUAAGUAAGUAUGCAAAGAAGCACGCUUGCAAUUUGGUGAAGCAUUAGUACAUCAACAACUUUAACUUGCCUCUUAUUUUGUAAUGAGAUGGUGGAUCAAUGCAUCAAUGACCUACAAAUAUAAAAUGUUAAAGAAGUGGAGUGUGCUAUGCAGGCUUUAUACACUUUGUAAUGAGUGGCUUUGCAUAACUUUUCCAUUUUUCCACCCCUAUUAAAUUCUCCACAACCAAUUUAAUUUUUUCACUUUUCAAAAACAUUCUUUUUUUUAAUCUAAUUUUAACCAUAACUACAUACUGCUGUUUCACUGGCACUGAAAAAUAUCUCUUCAGUAAUAAAUAAAAAAAUUUAAUUUAGAAAA